CUGGCCGCCAUCUUGGAUGCCGCGGAGCCCGAGAGACGGCGGCGAGUGGGGGGAGGGGGGUCGCGACCCGACUGAUCGGCGGCAGCAUCGCGACAGUCGGCCCGCGAGCGGGGGGAGGGGACCGAUCCCCGGGGCCCGACCGGCCCGCAGGAGCCUCCGCGUUGGAGCUUUCUGAAGCAUGAGGAGAGCCCCCCGCCAGUGACCGAAACAUGGCUGACAAGAGGAAAUUGCAAGGUGAGAUCGAUCGGUGUCUGAAGAAGGUCUCCGAGGGGGUGGAGCAGUUUGAGGAUAUUUGGCAGAAGCUCCACAAUGCAGCCAAUGCCAACCAGAAGGAGAAGUAUGAAGCCGACCUGAAGAAGGAGAUCAAGAAGCUCCAGAGGCUGAGGGACCAGAUCAAGACGUGGGUGGCUUCAAAUGAGAUCAAAGACAAGAGGCAGCUGAUAGACAACCGGAAACUCAUUGAGACGCAAAUGGAGCGGUUCAAGGUGGUGGAGCGGGAGACCAAGACCAAAGCCUACUCCAAGGAGGGGUUGGGCCUGGCACAGAAAGUCGACCCUGCCCAGAAGGAGAAGGAAGAGGUUGGCCAGUGGUUAACGAACACCAUCGACACGCUGAACAUGCAGGUGGAUCAGUUUGAGAGCGAGGUGGAGUCACUCUCUGUGCAGACACGCAAGAAGAAGGGGGACAAGGAUAAGCAGGACCGGAUCGAGGGGCUGAAGCGGCACAUCGAAAAGCACCGGUACCACAUCCGCAUGCUGGAGACCAUCCUCCGCAUGCUGGACAACGACUCCAUCCAGGUGGACUCGAUCCGCAAGAUCAAGGACGACGUGGAGUAUUACGUGGACUCCUCGCAGGACCCCGACUUCGAGGAGAACGAGUUUCUCUACGACGACCUCGACCUAGAAGACAUUCCGCAGGCUCUGGUAGCCACCUCCCCGCCCAGCCACAGCCACCUGGAGGACGAGAUCUUCAACCAGUCCAGCAGCACUCCCACCUCCACCACCUCCAGCUCGCCCAUUCCGCCCAGCCCUGCCAACUGCACGACGGAGAAUUCGGAAGAUGACAAGAAGAGGGGGCGGUCGACGGACAGCGAGGUCAGUCAGGUGAGUGACUCGGCAGGCGCGUGCCCUUGUGCUGGGGAGUGGGGUGGGGCGUUGGCUACGGAUCGGAGCUUGGGGUUUUCACCAGGACUCCUGGGAAUCUUAACAGGCUGUCUGUCAUCUGUCCCCCCAGCAGACAUUUUAAUUAGUAGCACGACCUCGCAGCCGCCCUCCAGCCAGCCGCCUAUCCAGCUGUCGGAGGUGAACAUCCCUCUCUCCCUGGGGGUCUGCCCCCUGGGACCGGUGCCCCUCACCAAGGAGCAGCUCUACCAGCAGGCCAUGGAGGAGGCAGCCUGGCACCACAUGCCUCACCCCUCGGACUCAGAGAGGAUCCGGCAGUACCUGCCCCGGAACCCCUGCCCGACCCCCCCUUACCACCACCAGAUGCCUCCACUGCACUCGGACACCGUGGAGUUCUACCAGCGGCUCUCAACGGAGACGCUCUUCUUCAUCUUCUACUAUCUGGAGGGUACCAAGGCGCAGUACCUGGCGGCCAAAGCCCUCAAGAAGCAGUCGUGGAGGUUCCACACCAAGUACAUGAUGUGGUUCCAGCGGCACGAGGAGCCCAAGACCAUCACGGAUGAGUUUGAGCAGGGCACGUACAUCUACUUCGACUAUGAGAAAUGGGGCCAGCGGAAGAAGGAAGGGUUCACUUUCGAGUACCGCUAUCUAGAAGACCGCGACCUGCAGUGACGCCUGCUCACCCCCCAGGGGGCGCCAGCCUUCCAGAGUCACGCGGGCGGGACAUUGGGGCAUGGGGGGGAACGAGAGGCCAAGCUCACCUCCCCCACCCCCAUUCCACCUCACCACCCCCAGGCGGGGGCCCCCUCCGGCCAUCCGAACCCUUUAAAUGCAUGCAGUUUUAAAAAAGAACAAGGGGGGGAGGGGCUGUGAAGAGAGGGGAAUCAGCCAUUCCCCGGCCCCCCUUCCUGGGUGAGUGUUGAGGGGGCGGGCAGAGGGACAUGCACAGGCAAAAAAAAAGUGAACAAAGAUGAUCUUGGAGGAGGAGUGUUGGGGGAGGGACAUUAAAUCAUUUGGCUUUUUUUAAAAAAAAUUAAAACAGCAAAAAAUCGAGCAGAAUUAUUGUAAACCCCCCCCCUCCAAAAAAAUUCCUCUGGGGAGGCCCCAAACCCCACCUCCCGCUCAAUUCCCACCCUCCCUGCUCUCCCAUUUUUCGUCUCCUCCCCACUCCCAUGAGUUUUCGAUCCAGCCCCAAAGCAGAUCGGCUGGGUUUUCCUUGGGGGAGGGACGGACAGGAAUUCAAAAGGGGAGGCUGUUUUUUCUGAUUGCUUUUCCCCCCCCUUCUCCCGAGGUGCUAUGCAGCCGCUGAGGGCCGGGUGUUUAAAAUAUUUUUCGUAACCCUAUUUUCAUUUUGGAAAAUAUUUAUGAAUAAAUAGUUUUAUAUGA